AUGGCUUUCGAGACAUGGCAAGAUGUCUGGGAAUUCUUCAAGAGGCAGAUUCCCGAUCUCUUUACAAAGAGGAAGUUCAAUUUCAUCACAAUUCACUACCUCUACAUCAUUGGCAUGUCCUUUUUCUUUUCAGGACUCGUCGCUGCAGCCGGCAACAUACCGUACAUUGAUGCCUUGUUCUUUGCCGCAGGCUCUUGUACCCAGAGUGGACUAAACACUAUUGACGUCAACACACUUCGGACUGGUCAGCAGGUUUGCUUCUAUAUCGGCGCCAUGCUCUGCAACCCCAUCAUCAUCCAUUCCUCGGUCGUCUUUGUCCGCCUGUACUGGUUCGAGAGACGAUUUAAGGAUAUCGUUCACGAAGCCAGGGCCCUCCGUCGUUCCAAGUCCAGAACAAAGACCAUGAACCUUGAUCCGGAUGAUCCUGAAAGAGUCAGGAAAGAGCUUGGUGUCAGAGGUAGAGCCAUCCAGGUUCUGCGCCAUACUGGCCGAACUUUCCGUGUUGGAGAUAAGGAUGAAAUCCCCGAAACUCCUACACCUGACGCCAAGGGGGACGAGCAGUACGAUUCCGAUCCCAAGACAUCGGAUCAUGCCGAUGAGCCUAGUGAUGGACAAUUCCUGUACGUCAGAGACGAUGAAGGAGUUCGAAGUCCUGCUCAGCUGAGCCCUGAGCAACAUAUCCAAUUUCUGGAGAAGCAGCGAAAUCCUCAAGACCACUCAACAUUGCGGAUUCCUAGUCCUCGCGAAUUUGAACGCGGAGGAAGACCUGAAAGCGUCGAUGAUGCCCAGGGCGGAAUCAUGCGCCGAGUCACAACGAACUUGGAUCCUCACAACGACCAAAUUACAUCUACCGACCAGGCUGCGCCCCGAUUCAAUCAACAUAUUACCAUCGACGAGCCCCAAAUUCAUCGCAACCGAACGCACACUUCUACAUUUCCGCGGGCGACCUCUAGGCAGAGGUCUAAUACUUAUCAGAGCCAAGAUCAGGGAGACAAUCCAAGUGGCUUGCGUAGAAGGGCAAACACGGGACUGAGCACAUUCCGCCGCAGCAACACCACGAAAUCUCUCGAGCAGCCCAUGCCCUAUCUCAGCUGGCAGCCCACAGUUGGCCGCAACUCUUUCUUUGUUAACCUCACAGAAGAUCAACGUGAAGAGCUAGGCGGUAUCGAGUAUCGUGCGUUGAAGACACUUGCCUGGACCCUAAUCGGAUUCUUCUUCGGAUUCCAUCUCUUUGGCAUCAUUUGCCUGACACCCUGGAUUAUGCAAACUAGAUUUGGAUCGGUGCCCACAGCAGUGUCACAGGGCCGGCCAUGGUGGGGCAUCUUUACAGCAGCAUCGGCUUUCAACGAUCUUGGCCUGACUCUGACGCCGGACUCGAUGAUCUCCUUCCAACAAGCCGUCUUCCCACUACUCAUCAUGACGUUCCUGAUUGUCAUUGGCAAUACUGGAUUCCCGUGCAUGCUUCGGUUUGUCAUUUGGGCCUUGGCCAAGCUGACGCCAGCUGGCAGUGGUGCUUGGGAAGAGUUUCAAUUCCUCUUGGAUCAUCCUCGCCGGUGCUUCACGCUCUUGUUCCCCAGGGGAGCAACAUGGUGGUUGUUCGCGAUCCUAGUCGUUCUCAACGGCGUCGACCUAAUCCUCUUUAUCAUCCUUGAUCUUAACGACGAGACUGUGACCGCCAUUCCGGUGGGCUACCGCAUCGUGGACGGACUGUUCCAGGCGGCAGCGACUCGCACGGCCGGGUUCUCGGUGGUCAACUUGGCAACUCUACAUCCAGCCAUUCAGGUGUCGUACCUGAUCAUGAUGUACAUCUCAGUCUUCCCCAUCGCCAUUUCUAUGAGAAGGACAAACGUGUACGAGGAGAAAAGCCUGGGAAUCUACGUCAGUCCCGAGGAUGAAGAGGAGGAAGGUGACAGCAAGGAACCCAGUUAUGUCGGAGCUCACGUUCGCAAGCAGCUGAGUUUCGAUCUGUGGUAUAUUUUCCUGGGACUGUUCAUCAUCGCUAUCGUGGAAGGCAGGAACCUGGAGAACACCAACGAGUACGCCUUCACCAUGUUUUCGGUACUGUUUGAGAUCGUUUCGGCCUACGGUACAGUGGGACUGUCAUUGGGCUACCCCACGAUCAAUGCGUCAUUCUCGGCCAAAUUUCACACGAUUUCCAAAUUGGUCAUCAUAGCAAUGAUGAUACGUGGCCGGCAUCGUGGUCUCCCGUACGAACUCGAUCGAGCUGUGCUCCUACCCUCUGAGAAGCUCGAGGCUAAGGAACAGAAGGAGGGCAAGCGACUGAUGCAAAGGCGAAUGUCGUUUUCAUCCAUGUCGAACAUUCCAUCGCACUCAGCUGUAGAAGGCGAACUGCAAGGGCGCUUUCGAGCCGAGACAGGACUGUCCUCAGGGUCGGGAUCACAAAACCGACACAACAACGAGAACCAGAGCAUGGAAGCACGGCUUGCAGAAAAGCACACUAAGCAUGCGCGCAGUGGUCUCGGCACAGCCAUGUACCAUAUAGCAUCAGCGGGCGAGGUCCCCGAAGCGAUCAAAGAGGAGUUGAGCCCACACUAUGGCGCUCAUGAUAAGAAGGACCGAUGA